CGUUCCCAGGGUCUUUUCCCUUUGUUGGUGGGUGGAGCUGGGGGUGGGGCGGGAAAAGGCCCUGGGAUCGGCCGGUCACAUGAUCUCAAAACACCCAAAAAUCUUGGGUGUACUGAAUUCAUAUAUUAACAGAAAUAUUCAAGAUGGUGGUCCCGCCGAGUGCAGAAGAGUUUUUGUCAGUCCUUCGCCGAGUCGGAUUUUCUUUGAAUAUAGGUAAUUUUCCAUCAUUGAAUUUAAAACCUCUUCAAAUGAAGUGUUUUGAAUAUGUGCUGAAAGGCCAGGAUGUUAUCGGAGUCCUACCUACUGGAUUUGGCAAGUCGAUUCUUUUUCACCUUCUACCGAAUUUCUUUCCUGUCAAGACAACCAAGAACAUAGUUAUUGUAGUAUGCCCUUUGAAUUCCAUCAUUGAAGACCAGUUGAAAGUUUUAAAAGCUCGGAGGAUAACCGCUGAUGUGUUACAGGUACCUGUAAACGCGAAAGAAACGGCCGAGAACUUGUUCGGAAAUGAACAAGAAACAAGCGAGCAUGUGGCCGUGAUCACAACAAAGUUUCCUCAGGAUGUAGUGAACGGCAACACUUCGAUCGUAUUCGCCCAUCCAGAGACUCUAUUAAGUAAGGAAGGGCGAGAAUUGAUGGGAAGCAAAGUCUUUCAAGACAAUGUUGUGGCCUGUGUUGUUGAUGAAGCACACUGCGUUGAAUUAUGGGGUGAAGAAUUUAGAAAGGACUUCAAAGAUCUUUCGGUGUUGAAGGCCUUUUUUCCUAAUGUACCCACAAUGGCUCUAACAGCAACAGCACCACCUCAUUUAUUGAGGGGCUUGAAGCGAAGUCUGUGUUUAAAAGAUGAGUGCAAAAUUGUUGCACAAAACCCCAACCGGGUAAACAUAUAUCUGAAUAAGAAAUUGCGAUGGAGUAACCACCAUGGGGAUGAAAGUUAUGAUCAAAUCCUUGGGCCAAUUGCCAAUCAACUAGCAAUUCAAAGAGAAAACUAUCCCAUGACAAUUGUCUACUUAAAAUUGAAAUAUUGUGGAUAUGCUUAUGGAUUAUUUGAAAGAAUAUUGGGAGACAAGCAGUAUGUUGGAGAAACUUCAGAACCCACUGCAAGACUGUUUGCUCAAUUUCAUGCCCCCCAAACAAGUCGCAUGAAGAAAGAUAUUUUGUCAGAAAUAAAGAAAGAAAAUUCGAGGGUGAGGGUGCUCUUUGCAACAUCAGCACUUGGCAUGGGGGUUCAUGCUCCUUAUGUGCUGAACAUUAUUCACAUAACACCACCAAGUAGCCUUGAAGCAUACAUGCAAGAAAUUGGUCGGGCCGGUCGCACAGGACUUUCAUCGUGUGCUACACUCUACUACAAUAAUUCUGAUAUUGGAAAUAAUAUGAAACAUGUAGAAGAAUCAAUGAAAACUUACUGCAAAUCACAAGACACCUGUCAGAGGAAACUUCUUCUAGAUUACUUUGGAUUCUCUUGUGUUCAGCAAGAUAACUGUUGCUGUAUAUGUGAUGGAAAGUUCAAAAUAACUGAGGAGGAUGUACCUCAUGUUGUUAAAAGCAAGGUGAGAUUACUGCCCAACAAUAACAGUGUUAUCCUUGAAAGAUUAAUCAGGGGUGCAAUUUCUGCCCAAGAGUCCCAAGCAGCAUCAGAGAGUUCCAUGCUAUUUGACAUUUCUGUAGAUAACAAUCUGGUUACAAAAGUUAUGGAGGGAGUGGAGUAUAUUGAAUCAGAAACAGACCUAUUGAAGACCUUUGGUAUCUGGGAUGAAAUCUGUUCCUCUCAGAUCUUUUCGCUAAUAUGCAAGCACACUACUCUGUGUAGAACUGUAAUGAACUCUGAUGAUGAUUAGAACAUCAGUACUUAUUAUAAAGACUGCAAACUACUACAAGGUAUCUUGAUUCAAACCAAAAUCAAUAUUGAUAUUGAUUAUAUCUGUUGUUUCUACAAUACCGAUCAGUUUGUUUACCUUUGUUUCCUUUUUGCUAUGUCUGAGCACAAUAAUGUGGUGAGAAAGUCAACUUAAAUUGUAAAUACUGUGGGCAACUCUAAAUAGAUCUUGAUUCACACACCAAAAGUCACUUUUGAUAUUAAUUAUCUCUGUUGCUACCAUGGUACUGAUCAGAUUGUUUACCUUUUAAAGUUUGUUAGUACACAAACUUCACAAGGAUCUGUGAACCCCAUAUUACAUGUACUAAUGUUGGAAAUCUGCUGAGAUUUUGUAGUAGGUCAUUGGAAAUAAGCACACACACUGUCCUUACCAACCAGCCAUCAAUGACAAUUGGAUGAGUCUGCUGAUAAGUACCCCACAUAUUUUCCUUAUAAACAGGACCUUGUCACAUUGUAAAAGCGAAAAUAAUUUCUUAUUUACCAAGAUAAAUUUCUUAUUUACUAAGAUAAGAUUUCUUAUUUACCACGAUACUUGCAGAUUUUGCUAAAUGUUUACCAUAUUGAACUCAUAAGCUACAAGUAAACAAGGUACAAUUCACACAAUUAAUAGGACAUAUUAAUGGAUUAAAUCUGCUGUUAUGUUGGUCCUAGAGAAAGGAAACACCCUAGUUUUAUUUGUUCUAAGUUGACUGCAAUAAAUUUUUCAGUUUCCCAAAAUAAUUGAUUAUAUAUCAAGCAUGAUCAACUGCCACAUCACUUUAAGUCUUAUCAGUUUUUGAUUAUGAUCCAUGAAUAGCACAACACUACACAGUACUAGUAGUGUUAUUGCUAUUUUUUCAGGUUAUUGGCUAUCCUCAUAAAAGCCAUAACAUCUCAGCUGAAAUUUAAUGGCUCACUUGUCUUUAAUAAAAAUUCAGGAUCCCAGAGAUGUUAAGUAAGGCAUUACUACUUGUAUUUUGCUAAAUUCAGAGAUUCAGCUGUUUUAACUAAAAGUCAGUGUCUUACGGUAUAUAUAUUUCAUUCAACGAUAUAAUUAUAGAACUAGCUUGGUGAGCAGGCAAGAUGGCACUUUCUAACCCACUUGUGAUUAACUGCUGUGUCCUGCACGAAACUUCCUUAAAACCCAUGUAAUAAAUCCAAAAUUGACCUA